CGCGUUUGGAUUGGUGAUUUGGUUUGAUUAUGUCCAAUUGUAUAUGCACAUUUUGUAUUGGAAUAGCAAUGAUUACAGUCGCGUGAAGAUCGCAUAAAGGAUUUGUUGAUUUAACACCCAAAUCGCCGCUCCACAUGGAUUCGAUGGAGGUGUCCCAGGAGACUGUCGAAAAGGUCCAACACUUUGCGGAGGAUCGUCAAAAGGUCGAAGAAUACUAUGAACAGCAUCGGAUUAGCUCGUCUGAUAUCCAGGACUAUGAGCGCAAAUUGGAUGACACGCUAAGAGAGCUCCAAGAUCGAGUUAGACGUCAGGAAGAUGACCUGCGCAGGCUGCGCGCAGUGAAUGCCACACCCAGUAUAGGAGUCGAAGCCGGGUCUCGGAUGGCUCAAGUGCGAAGAGCCAAGGGAGCCUACGACUCGUUGCUCAAGUCCGAGCCAGAUCUUCCGAAGCCAGAAUCGCCCCUGCCAUCUCUUCUUGCGAUUGAAGAGACAACACGCAUCCUGAAGGAGAGUAAAGCCUCUAUCUCAAUGACAGCGGAGAAACUUGUCAAUGCCCGUCAGCGCCUAAAAACGGAAGAGACAGCCCUACGUGACGCCCGAUCGAUACAAGAUGGACUACGGAGGCGAAUAGACAGCAUUAGGAAAGAACAAUCGACCAACAAGGAGAAAUCCCCCUCUGAUUUGGCACGUGACCAUUUAGAAGAGCAGCAAAAGAAGAUCAUUACUCUGGAUCAAGACGCCGGUCGCAUGAAGACCGCACUGCAUAAAUUUUGUGAAGAUACCCUAGCGCCGAUGAUCGCAGCCGAAGACCUCGGGGGACCGGCUGUUGGAGACGCGGCAGACAUCUCGGACGCUACCCUGGCAUCUGGCUAUACUCGCCAUGGUAAACCGAAGAAACCCAAGUCGUCAGAGACGGAAGAUCAAAGCAGCAAUCAAAAUCGAAUUGACGAUCUGCUCCGUCGCCAAACCGGGCAGGAGAGCACACAACCAUCGAACAAAAGAGAAGCAGCGGCUGUCGCGAUACAGGAGCUGCUCGACACCUUAUUGGAUGCGGGAUCAUCCUACAUAGACGUUCCCCAAGAAUCCGCCGCAUCCCGGUUUCUAGUGAAGGCAAAGGUUGCCCAGUUCCAUCCUCGCGAUGCUAGACGGUUAAGGUUAAUUGAUUUUGGGCGUUCAUUGAAUGAUUGAGCGAUCCCUGUUGUGAUAAAACUUUUUCGUCCCUGUAGCUGUGUGUCCGGGCUUCGGAAACCGAAUAAGCAGUCGAAGCUGCAGCUCAGGUUAAGAAAACCAGCAUAUUUUCCGGUUUCCCCCUCCUUGCCGCUCGCCCAGCGACAAAAAGCACCAGUUCAGUCCUGCAGUCAAAUGCUCUACUUAACCAGGCCCUGUAUUUAUCAUCAAAAUAAGUCUUGAGCGAGGAUAUCUUCUGCUGAGAUAUCUAAGCAAUUAAUAUAGGAAAGGAUGCAGACUAG